GCCUGCGUGGUGCCGCUCGCUUGUCCGCUGCGAGAUCCGAGCAGCACGUACCCGAAUGUCUUCUACGGCGGCACGUUGCAUCAUCCCUGGACCACGUCGACGUUGUCUUCUCCUCCUCCUCAGUUCAAAGUCGGCGGAUAUGUUGAACGAUGCCAUCAGACAGUAUCCAGCGGUGAGCUUGAUUACCAUCGCACGACGGCCGGUUCCGUGGCUUACUCAAACUUCUGGUCACCUGCCAUCCGAGAUAACUUCUCGAUCGACAUGAUGAUGAGACACAAGUACAAUCGAGUCGUCGGGGAGCCAUGUGGUAUCCCGGAACCAGAGCGUGUGUCCUCGAGAUGUCUCGACAUCUCGCAUCACCAAGCGAGCAAAGCAGAAAGCCACAGCAGCGAAUUGGCCGUGGAGUCCAUAUCGUACUCGCGUUGGACCGGCAAUCUCGACUGUUGCAGUGCGUGCCCUCAAGCCGUGUAGAAUUGUGUUCCCGAAGGCCCUGGGAGUAUGACACUCGGGAAUGGAAGAGCCACGACCUCACCGAAACGAACGAUGACGACCUUGUCCAGACCCAGAAGCUGCUGCUGAAGAAGGUCAAAGAAGAUGGCUGCGAGACUAGCAGACCACCAGGCGCGCUAUCGCCAAUCCCAUCCCUUCCAUAGAUGUCGAUCCACGCCAUGCCAUUCCAAGAACGACUGAGAAACGCCACAUUUUUUGGCUCGCUCAGCCAGGGCGUGAAGCUUCUCAUUCCACUUGUCCGCCCUCGGGACCUGGCGGUCUCUGUUUUUCCUUAGUCUGCCUACUUUUGAAAUCUUUUUGAGAGUCAUCCAUCGACUGAACGCUUCUCCCACGUUCUCCCGUCACAGCAGCAGUACGGACUGCAUCGCCAAACCCAUCAUGAUCACUUCCACAUCCAUGUCCCAGCUCGUCAAGUUUGCGGGCCCCUUCAUCCUGAUCCUCUGGUCCAUUUGGUACUUGGGCAUCUCCCGCCAGCAUGUCCAGACCCUCACCCGCCCGUUCCGCAACCAGAGGGAGCUCUUCAUCAAGGACUUCCUCGAGCACGAGAUCGACGGCCGCUUCGACGGCGCCGCCAUCGAGUCCCUAUGUGCCAGCAAGAAAUGGACCCCAGGCUUGAUAAUGAGCUGUGACGCCGUUCCAGGGGGCAUUGGCGACGUGCGAAACGCCCAUCUACAUUGCCUUCGCUUUGCGAUUGAGGCGGGAGCUGCGUUAAUAUUGCCCGAAAUCAUCCCUCGCUCCGAAGACGACAUCAAAUCCAUCAACGGGCGGCCCAGCGUACAUCUCGACUACUACUUCGACAUGGACCAUCUGCGCGACGUGCUCACGACGUACUGCCCGCAGAUGAAGGUGUACGAGUCCAUGGACGACCUCUACAACGUGCCGGAGGCCGUUAGUGGUCUCCAGUUCAGCAUCGGCGACACCAACGACAAGUGGCUCUACGGCAACGUCAUGGCCGAGCCGGAAAACUGGCACCAGCAGUUCCACAAAUUCCUCGACGAGAAGGUGCCCGUCAAGGAGAGGACGAACCCGUUCCGCGUCCACCUGCAGCGCACGCAGUGGAUGUGGCCGACGGCCAAGGACACGGCGCCCGUGGCGUCGUCGUUCGGCCGCAUGCUCCGCAUCCGACCGGACGCCCGGCGGCUCGCGGCGUCGGCGCUCUUCACGCUCGGGUCCCGCUUCCGGCUCAACCUCGACCCGCGCACGCGGUACCACCCGGCGAGCUUCGUCGGCGUGCACCUGCGCACCGAGGAGAACGUCGACGACAAGUACCCGGACUACACGACGCAGGCGGCCAACUACUUCCACUGCCUGUCCGAGUCCCAGUCGCACAUCGCCUUCCUCGCCACGGGCGCCACUCAGGACAACAUCACGGCCUUUGUCGACCGCGCCGCCGACUUUAACGUCACGGUCGUGACGAAGCUGGACAUCCUGGACGUCGAGGAGAAGGCCACGCUCGGGAAGCUGUCGUGGGACCAGCAGGGGCUCGUCGACUACGAGAUCAUGCUGCGCGCGGGCCUGGUGGCGGGUGUGAGCGCGAGCGGCUUCGCGUGGAACCUGGCCCUGAGGCGGUCGUACGCGUUCGGGGAGGGGCCGCGCAAGUCGCCCUCGUCGACCGCCGAGACGAUCGCGUGGAAGGACGACUACACGAUCCUGUACGGGAAGCACGAUAACGCAUUCGGCAUGAAGUCGACGAUAUGGCCAUGA